AUGGAAGUCCAGGGGCAGCCCAAGCCCAUACCGGCUUACUACUGCUGCUAUCUGCUCCGUUCGACCGUUCGGCACGCCUCGCUUUAUAUCGGCUCGACGCCAAACCCGAUCAGACGACUGCCGCAGCACAAUGGAGACGCCAAAGGUGGGGCCAAGCGGACUGCGCGCGACAAAUUACGGCCCUGGGAAAUGGCGCUGGUCGUCGAAGGGUUCAUGAGUCGCGUUGGGGCAUUGCAGUUCGAAUGGGCCUGGCAACACCCUGAGAAAUCACGCCAUCUGCUAGAGGACGGCGGAGAAGCAGAGGUCCAGUCUCAAGUCCCUAGUACAACCUCGAAAACCAGCAAGGCCAAGCCUCGAGCAUCUAGAACAAGGAGAUCUUUGACUGCUCACUUGGAAGACUUGCACUCGCUUCUUCGGUCGAUCUACUUUUCUGCCUGGCCUUUACGUGUUCGAUUCUUCCGCGCAGAUGUCUAUCGCGUUUGGAGGAUCUGGAAUGAGCGAGUCGACAUCCCUCUGUCCAACAACAAGAUCAUCCUAGAUGGGGACUGUCCAGGCCAAGGCAGCAAGGAGGUCGUUGUUGGUAGUAUCAAUGGACUGUCAGUCGACUAUACCAAGCUGGAAGAUUACCUAGAGAAGUCCACGUUUCUUCUCGACGAUGCACAAGACCUUCGAUGCAAAUUGUGCAACGCUCUGGUCGUCCCCCAUAUAGAACAAAUUGUGGUGUGUCCGCAUGCACAUUGUCGCGGGGCACAUCAUCUCUUAUGUCUAUCGGAGGCAUUCCUUAAAUCUGUCGAUGAUUCGGAUAUCCUUAUACCAACGAGCGGAGUCUGCCCAGCUUGCCAGACUGUCGUGUCAUGGCCACUGAUGAUGCAAGAGCUCAGUCUCCGCAACCGAGCCGAGAGCGAAGUUCGCACUAUUCUGCGGAAGAAGGAGAAGCGCAAUCGCAAGGCAAUUGCAAAUAACUCGUCGGCCCAAGACAAAGCAGCACCGGCACUCCAGGCGUCCAUUGAGCCUAGCCAGCAAGCUUUAGGGGACCCAGGAUGUACAUUAACCGUUGAUGACCCUCUCUUGGACGAUGGUUGGUAUGAAGAAGUCGACAUGGAAUCGGACACGGAGCAUGGCGUACAACGACGCCGAUCCCCUCCGCCUCCCAGACUGGAAAUCGUCAUUGAAGACAGUGAUUGGGACGAUGCCGAGAUCAUCGAAUGA